CUUCUCGGCCGUAGCAGCGCCUAAAGACGUGCGGUAUAGUGGGAUCCGCGUGGAUUCCUGCCUAACAGCACUGGAAGUACAAUACGAUUAUUCUUUCCAUAUUUUUUGCUUUUCCAGCCUUUUUCGCUGAGCUCUUGCCAACCACGCCAUUGAACUUUUUUUUCGGUCGCAUCUUGAGGUAUUGUUAAGUCCAAACAAACUUCAAAGAAGCGUACCAGCAGCAAUCCUUAUUACGGCGGAGACAAAGUCGAUUGGGAUGAUGAGGGAACCCAAAAGCUUUAUCUCACUGACUGUCGUCGGAGGCAAGCGGCAUCCUACCUAGCCUUUGUUUUCAAAUCUCCAUCGGUCCGAAUGCUUAUUCAAACUCCCGAGAUUGGGGACCUGCUAGUUUCAUCCGGGCAAAGCCGUCUGCACUUGCACUUACAACAACAAUACACGUCCCAUACGAAAAAUAUGGAUAGUUUUCCUUUCUCCCAAAUUGAAGAGAGCGCGUUCCCACCGUUCCCUCUCAAUUUGGCGGAGGAGGCAUCCAAGUUUCGGUCGCACGGGUUGCCAUUACUUGUGUGGCCCCGAACCACCAAUCCCAAAGGAAUCCAACAGUACCUGACAGAUAACUAUCCGGACUGUGCGCAUUGGUUUUCGGAGUUGACUAAAGUGUCAGCAUGGUUGGAACAAAAGUGGAGACCCCUAGUUGAACUGGCUGGCUUAAACGCAACAAGCGAUGCCCCUGCGAGUGGUUCAGAAUCUAUUUGGCUUCAUGGUGUCCCAAGGGAUUCAGUUGCUGCCACUUAUGCUUGCCAACGGUUAGCAGACUACGAACAAUACGCUGCGAAACUGAAAGAAUACUUAACCCACCGGCGGCAGUUUACACCGGCCUUCCAGUUUAACCCUAUUCAUGGUGAAUUACGGGAGCUAGCUGAGCUACGUGCGAAAGCCUUGCCCGACGAUUCAGGGUUUUUCAAUGUCGUUGGCAAUCGCUUACUUCAGUUGGCUAGGAACGCCAAACUCAGUGGGACAACGGUCCGCCUCAAUAUCAAAUCAAUUGGUCGGUCAGUCGAAGAUACAGCUGUACGCACACAGCUCCUUCACUCACUGCUACCCGCAACCUCUUUGAAGAAAGCAUUGAAGAAGCAGCCAAUAUGUCCGACCACAACCACCGUUGAUGAGGAACUGCUGUAUGGGUCGCAAUCGGAUGAAGUUUCUCAGAUGGAUGAAUCCGAUGAAGAGAAGAAACCCUCUAUGGAGAACGACUUUGGUACCGAUGGAACUCUGCACUAUCCCAAUCGUCCGAUCACCAAAGAUAUAAUGGAGAACAGAGGUUUGGUCAAGUAUCGGCACAAACGUGAAAGAAACCCACGAGUGCACCUUCGACACAAAUACAAGAAAGCAACUGUCCGGUAUCGGUCUCGUGUCCCUCCAGUACGCCAUGAGGAUACCCCUUAUGCCGGUGAAGCAAAGGGUAUUCGUGUACAUUUGGUUAAAUCGCAUAAAUUCAAACGCCCUUGAAUUUUAUACGCUUCUUUCUGGAAUAUGGUUGCUUAGACAGCUCUGCUUGGUGAGUACCACUAAC